CCCGACCGGCUCCAGCCCCUCGGAGAGGAGCAGAUGUUCUCCUGAGCCCGGCCAGGCCCCUCCGCGCCAUGUUCAACCCUGUGGGCGCCCCAGCCACCGGCUACGCCGAGCACUGCUGCCUGCGCCCGCCGCCCCAUGGAGCAGCCCCAGGUGGCCCCCCAGGGCCACAAGGCUUUGAUUUCCCCUUAUGCCACCAGUCAAACCUCACGAGCAACCACCGUGGUUAUGGGUUGGUGCCAGGAGCUGAGCACCCAGGCGGCGGUGAUGGCUCACGGUUCUCAACGCCCCGUGGUGCAGGCAAACUGGGCAAGAAGCGGGCACUGUCCAUCUCCCCCCUGUCAGACUCCAGCAUCGACCUGCAGACCGUGAUCCGCACCUCGCCCAACUCCCUCGUUGCCUUCAUCAACUCCCGCUGCGCCUCGGCCGGGGGCUCCUAUGGCCACCUCUCCAUCAGCACCAUCAGUCCAUCGCUGGGGUACCAGAGCCCACCGGGUCAGCAGAAAGGCCAAGGCCACGGCCACCUCUACAGCCACACGCCCCCACCACCCCCGUGUAGCUCCCACGACCAUCUCUCCACCCGCCCGGGGCUCCUGCACCAUGGCCCAGCUCGUGGGACUCUCAAACACUGCCAGCAGCUGAAGUUGGAGUGGAGCCUGAGCAGCCCUCUGACUGUCAAACACCCAGAGGAGAGAUCCGAGUGUGACAUCUCCAGUCCAGCUUCCACGGGCACCCAGGACCCCUUGCUGGGGCUGCUGGAUGUUCGUGAAGAUCUGGAGAAGGAAGAUGGGAAACCGGAGUCGGAGACUGUGUAUGAAACCAACUGCUACUGGGACGGCUGUGCCAAAGAGUUCGAUACACAGGAGCAGCUGGUGCACCACAUCAACAAUGAGCAUAUCCACGGGGAGAAGAAGGAGUUUGUGUGCCACUGGGCAGCGUGUUCCCGGGAGCAGAGGCCCUUCAAGGCUCAGUACAUGUUGGUGGUGCACAUGCGACGUCACACGGGCGAGAAACCUCACAAAUGCACGUUUGAGGGCUGUAACAAAGCCUACUCACGCCUGGAGAACCUCAAGACGCAUCUACGCUCGCACACGGGUGAAAAACCCUACGUAUGUGAACACGAGGGUUGCAACAAGGCCUUCUCCAAUGCUUCUGACCGGGCCAAGCAUCAAAACCGUACUCACUCCAAUGAGAAACCCUACGUGUGCAAGAUUCCAGGCUGCACCAAACGCUACACGGACCCCAGUUCCCUGCGCAAACACGUCAAGACGGUGCACGGUCCCGAUGCCCACGUCACCAAGAAGCACCGAGGGGAUGUCGUGCCAGGCCGGGCCCUUCCCACCCCCAGUGGCCCCCCUGACAUGAAGCAGGAGAAAGACACGAAUGGCCCUGCUGAGGCCAGGAAGGAGGACAGCAAACUCUUGGUGCCUGACUUGGCCUUGAAGCCGCAGCCCAGCCCGGGUGGGCAAUCGUCGUGCAGCAGUGACCAUUCCCCGCUCGGCAGCACCACCAACAACGACAGCGGGGUGGAGAUGGCGGGCAACGCCGGUGGGAGCUACGAGGAUCUGUCCACGCUGGAGGAUGUGGUGCCUGGUGAGCCCAUGGGCACCUCGGGGCUCAUGGCCCUCCACAAGCUAGAAAAUCUUCGCAUUGACAAACUGAAGCAGAUGAGGAAGCCGUCAGCUACGAAGGGCCUGAAUUUGCCAGCCAUCCCUGGAGCCGGCCUGCCCGCAGAGCUGCCCGGGGUCUCCGUGCCACCGCCAGCUGCCUCGCACCGGCGCGUGGCAGAGCUGUCGGUGGCAGAGAUGGCCGUGCCACCCAGCGAGCGCCGGAGCAGCGCCACCAGCACCGUCAGCUCGGCCUACACCGUGAGCCGCCGCUCGUCCCUGGUGUCCCCGUACCUGGCCGGGCCCUGCCUGGGUGGCAGCGAGGCGGGGGCCAUGCCCGGCCUGGCAGACGGUUAUGACCCCAUCUCCCCGGACACCUCGCGACGUUCCAGUGAUGGCAGCCACUCUGGAGGCCUACCAGGCGUGGGCAACCUCACCCCGGCCCAGCGCUACCGGCUCAAGGCCAAAUACGCCGCAGCCACGGGUGGCCCACCUCCAACCCCGCUGCCCAGCAGGGAACGGGUGGCCAUGGGUGGCCACAACAUCUUGCCCGGGGACUACCUUGGGCCAGGAGAACCCUGCUACCUCGCGAACGGUUUGCUGCGAAGGCCCAGCUCCAAUGACCACCCCGGCUACGCCGGCGGCGUUCCCCCUCACCUGGUGCCUCGGAACGGUGUGCGACGGGCCAGCGACCCUGCCCGGACCACGGCCAACCCUCACGCCGUGCCCAAAGUGCAUCGUUUUAAGAGCAUGGGUAACGUCAACGUGCCAGGAGCUGGCAGAACUGCUCUGCAGCCCUUAAGUGGUUCUGAUGCCAACCUCCAGCGCCACGUCUUCUCCCCGCGCCCGCCCAGCAUCAGUGAAAAUGUCUUGGAGAACGUGAGCAUGGAGGGUCCAGGCCCAGAGUCUGGUUUGCUGGAGAUGGAGCAGUUCUUGAACUACCCCGAGGAAAGCUUCCCGUGCCAGGGGACGGGUGUGGAGCUCCAGGCUGAAGGCCUCUAUGGGAGCGCCCAUCGGACCCUGGGGGGGAUGCAGCUGAACCCUGGAGGGCACGGGGACACGGAGAAGGGGUUUCUUCAGUCCGAGUUCUCCCUCCCUCCGUGCCAGAUGAACCAGCACUUCGCAAGUAUGAACGCUGGCAGCAGGACCGUACCGCCUACUUGGGAUGAACCUCCCCAAGGCGGUCUGGAAAUGAGUUCUGGGCAGUUCAUGUCCGGGCCCCAUUGUCACCAUCAAAGCACUGAGUACCCACUACCCAGUUUUUGUGGGCAGCAACCCAAACUUGCGAGCUCGUGCCAGGACAGUGGAUUUUCUGCAGGGCACCAGCUUAACCGACUACAGAUCAAAUCUGAGCAGCGUUACCCAGCACCCGCCCCAGCACUUGCCUCCUGCCAAAAUGCCAAGCUUGCUGGGUCCAUGCCACCUCCUGCGUCGUUUGGCCAAGCCAUGAAUGUAGGGCCUGGAGGGUACCAAGCUGAGGGACAGGCUCCUGUCCCUUCCAUGGGCAUGUUGAGCCCGGGUGGUAGAAGAGCCCAAAACCCCGCCGUGCAGACCAAAGAACUGAUGGUCCGUAACUACGUGCAGGCCCAGCAGGCUCUGAUGUGGGGAGACCAACUCGCCUCCAAAGAAGGGGAGGCUGGCAUGGGGAUGACCAGUGAAGCUGGGCAGUGCCAAGCCAUGCAAGCCCCGUCGUACUUCAGCCCCAAAUACUCUGGUUACCAAGCCAAACCGGAUCACCUGCAGGGUCUGGCAGAGACACACCACCUCCUAAACGCCCCGUGCUUCAACCCAGAGAUGGUGCCUCACCCACCUGGUGCCCCUAAACCUUCUGGUCACCAAAACAGCCUGAACUACACGGGCAACCUGCCUCAGCCAGGUCGUUCCUAUGAGGGGGUGGAAGCUGGCUCCCGGCGUGUACUUCGCUUGCCCCCUGCCCGCCCCACACCUGAGGGGCCUGGCAGUGCCCUGCCAUAUUACCCAGGCCAGGGCACGCAUUUGCAGGUGGGCAAAGGUGGGCAUAAGCUGCUGGGCCACACAGCAGCAAGCUGUGGGGGUACGGGGAGUUAUGGGGGGAGCUUGGAAGGACUCAAAGGCAGCUCCUGUUACUACCCGGAUUCGGGGGAGCAGGUGGCAAACAGCCUGGACUCCCUGGACCUGGAGAACACGCACCUUGACUUUGCUGCCAUCGUGGAAGAUCCAGAGCCACCCGUGCUACCCGGGCCCCCGAGCCCUGCUGGUGGCCUCCUGCUUCCUGCAGCUGGUGGUGCCAACAUGGCUGUGGGUGACAUGAGCUCCAUGUUGAGUACUUUGGCAGGGGAGAGCCAUUUCCUCAACUCCCUGUGCUGAGAGGUACCCAGCUCUCAGGUGGGCACGUCUGCAAACCCCCCCCCCCGAGGGGGCAGACCACAUUUGGGCAGAGAAAUCCUUUCUCACGUGCAGAUUUAUGCCUGGGGUGGGGGGGUUAAAGGAGGAGAAACACCCCUGGAGUCUCCCCUUCUCCUGCUUGUCGGCGUCAGGCUCUUUCAGGGAAGGAAUGUCACAGCCACAACCCUGAGCAGGUACUUCAGGUCACCUCUUUGGGGCGGGGGGGGGGACUUUUUUUACUGAGCCCUUUCAUUCCAGUGCUUGGAACCUUUCCCUGCCUCCCCCCAGCCUGAUGUACACGGUGGCCCUGCCACGGUCUUAAUGUUGAAACCAAAGAGUUUUACCCUCCCCAGCCCGUCCGAACGUUCCCUCUGUCAUCGUGGUGUCAUCAUCAUCCCCCCUUAAAUCCCAGUCUU